UGCCAUCGUUUGCCAAAAAUGGUUUAGGUACUGUGAAUCAAAAUUACAAAAAACAGUGUUUUUCACUUUCUCAUACGCACGCUCACGCACUCUGUAUCCCUUUCCUCCUCUGAAAACUCGAGACUCUCCAACAGUGAUCCUUCAAAACCCCACCGAUUUUAGGAUUUUCAUUUUUCAAAUAUCAACACUCUCUUUAUUUACUCCUUUGCCCUUCUCCGUGUGGAGAGAGAGAGUGAGAGAGAGCUGCAUUUUCUGUUUUCUCGGCCAUGGAGUAUUGUGGAGUGGUGGUGGUGGUAUUUUGAGUAAAUAAAGGAUGAUACAAUGGGCAGGAUUGGGAAUCGAUGGGAGUGAACAAGGCCUGGAGGUUUAGCGUGAUAUUGGCGAACCUGGCUCUAUUACAGCAACAAAACGGUAACCACAGCCCCAGCAGACGCGGUGGAAAGCAUCACCACCACCAGCACCAGCACCACCAUCAUAGUCAUAAUGAGUGGUGGAGGAGGUGGAGAUCUUCUGCGACGCAGCAGCGCAGGAAGAUCCCGUGGUCUCUAGUGUGCGGGUUAAUGCUGUUCAUUUUGGGAUUGAUUUCUCUUUUCACUGGACACGUGGCCUCUGAUCUUGAAUGGUACUCCCAGAGAUUGGUUAAGCACAACUUGGGCCGACUGGUAAACUUUAGAAACUUAUUGUUUCCAAAAUCCUUUUUUUUAAAAAAAAAAAAAAAUUGGAGUGGAAAUUUUUUCCGUCUUUCUUUUUCGGGAGUCAAACAGCGGCGUGAACCAAUUGAUAAAUGGAAAUCCAAGUACUCAAAUUUCUUCUAUGGAUGCAGUGAAAGAGGACGUAAUUUUGCUCCUGCCAAACAUGAGCGGUCAUCAAAUGGCUAUUUGCUUAUUGCAGCAAGUGGAGGGCUGAACCAACAAAGAACCGGAAUAACUGAUGCCGUGGUUGUUGCACGGAUUCUUAAUGCUACAUUGGUUAUACCAGAGUUGGAUCAUCAUUCCUAUUGGAAAGAUGAUAGUGAUUUUGUCAAUAUUUUCGAUGUUGAUUGGUUCAUUUCCUACCUUGCAAAAGAUGUGACCAUUGUCAAAAGAGUUCCUGAUAAAUUCAUGCGAUCAAUGGAAAAACCUCCAUAUACCAUGCGUGUUCCAAGAAAAUCUCCGCCCGAGUAUUAUAUAGAUCAAGUUCUGCCUAUACUAUUGAGGAGACGUGUUGUGCAAUUGACCAAGUUCGAUUAUAGGCUUGCAAAUAACCUUGAUGAUGAACAGCUACAAAAGUUGCGUUGCCGAGUUAAUUAUCACGCUUUAAGAUUUGCAAAGCCCAUACAAGAUAUUGGUCAAAGACUUGUUAUGAAAGUGAGAAAGAUGGCAAAACGUUUUAUUGCGAUUCACUUGAGGUUUGAACCUGAUAUGCUUGCUUUUUCUGGAUGUUACUAUGGUGGGGGCGAAAAGGAGAAAUUUGAGCUUGGUGAAAUCAGAAAGAGAUGGGCAACAUUACCAGAUUUAAGUGCUGAGGAAGAGCGAGCAAGAGGGAAAUGCCCACUUACCCCUCAUGAAGUGGGAUUGAUGCUGCGUGCUCUUGGAUUUGCUAAUGACACAUACAUCUAUGUGGCAUCUGGGGAAAUAUAUGGGGGAGAAGACACUCUGCGGCCACUCAAAGAACUCUUUCCAAACUUCUACACAAAGGAGAUGCUUGCUAAUGAAGAACUUAAACCUUUUUCUCCAUUUUCCUCCCGUCUGGCAGCCAUUGACUACAUUGUCUGUGAUGAAAGUGAUGUUUUUGUCACCAAUAAUAAUGGAAACAUGGCCAAGAUUCUUGCAGGUCGAAGGAGGUAUGCAGGGCAUAAGAGGACCAUCAGACCAAAUGCAAAGAGGCUCAGUGCAUUGUUAAUGGAAAGGGAUAAGAUGGACUGGGAUACAUUUGCUAAAAAGGUGAAAUCAUGCCAGAGAGGAUUCAUGGGGGAGCCAGAUGAGAUGAGACCUGGGCGAGGUGAAUUCCAUGAAUAUCCUUCUCCUUGCAUCUGUGAGAAGCCAUUCAGUAAUGAUGGAAGCAGCAAUGAUGAAGCUCACCUAUUAGAGCAAGCUCCUAUGAACUCCAAGGCAAAAGUACCGUCAAAGUAUAUGGAGGAGAAGCAAAGUGAGAAAAGGCCUUUAAGGUCUGAGAAGAGAAGCACGAGAGAAGAACCAGCAUCUUUAAGAGAGAUGGAGGACGUUCAAAACUUUCCUGACUAAAGUUAAUGGAAGAACUAAGCCCAAGAUAUAUGGUUUGCGGAAUUUAUUCUUAUAUUGGUCGGAUUUUCUGAGAAUUAUGGCUCAGUCUUUCAUCUCUUCAGCUUGCCAACCUUCAGAUGCUAGCUUGAAAUUUUACUCGCCGGCAUUAUUAACUGAAGCCUGCUCAAAUGUGGUGGACCGAGUUCUGUUCAGUUACUCUGGUUGGUUCAAUGAACAAAUUGGAUCUAUGUACAGCAGGGAUCUUUGAUGAGUUGUAAUUGUUUAUAAAAUAGUUUUGGUAGGUACACGCUUUAGGUAUGCAAAAGGUUAAAUGUGGACUUUAGUUGAAUUGCCGAAAUUUUAUCAGACAUGCGUCGUUAAAAAUGAAA